UAUGUGCAAGUUAGGUGGCCUCAUGAACGCUUGUGUGCUGGUGCAGGAGCUGUUUUUCUGGGCUGUUGCUGCACACAAGGGGAAGAAAGGGAACGGAACAUGAAUAUGGCCCUGCUGCUGUCCCAGGCUGUGCCCAGCAGCACCUCCGGCGGCGCGGAGCCCCAGGAUAAAGAGACAUGCAUCGGUGUCAAUAAUCAAAGCUACAUAUGUGAAACGGGCCAUUGCUGUGGACAGUCUCAAUGUUGCAACUACUACUAUGAGCUAUGGUGGUUUUGGCUGGUGUGGACGAUAAUCAUAAUCCUCAGCUGCUGCUGCGUUUGCCACCACCGGCGUGCCAAGCAUCGUCUCCAGGCGCAGCAGAGGCAGCACGAAAUUAACCUGAUCGCCUACCGCGAAGCUCACAGCUACUCCUCCGUGCCGUUUUAUUUCCGAUUUUUGCCAAAUUACUUGCUACCUCCUUAUGAAGAAGUGGUUAACAGGCCACCCACCCCUCCCCCACCAUACACCGUCCUACAUCAGCAGUGCGUGGUGGCCUGUACGAGCACGACGGCCACGGAGCCGGCGCCUAACGUACAGCGCAGUCAGACCAACUCUCCGGCGGCGACCAGCGGCAGUCGGACAAGGCCUCCCAGCGUGGUGGACUGUGGGCCCUCAACGGCGGGUCUUGAACGAGCUUUAAAUAAGUCGAGUAGUCUUGUCCUGAAUGAUCCAGCUGUGGGUGCGGAGUUGGAGGAGAUGGAAGAUCAAGUGUCCUUCCUAGAUAAAGACUCCAACGAGCUUCUUAAAGACUAUAGCUCCGAAAGCUUAGAUCAUAGUGUCUUUUCUGACGGUAAGGACAAAACGCCCGGGCGCCAUCGAAGGUUCACUGGAGAUUCCGGCAUUGAGGUGUGUGUGUGCAGCAGAGGCCACCAUGAUGAUUUGAAAGAACUUGACGGAUUAAUCGAUGAUACAUUGGACAGCUUCUGUGACAGCUGUACUUCGUGCGAUGCUCAGCCCCAGAGGGAUGAGGAAGAAGGCCUUUUUGACCAUUCUCAAGGGCCGAGGGGGACGACGGAACACCACCCUUUGCCGUGUCAGCCAGUGAGCUUCCUAAACACCGUCAAUGAGCAAGACUCUCCGAACUCUCAUAACGGCAACAGCUCCCGUGGCUGAAGAGUCUCGCCUGCCACCAGAGAAAUGUUCACGAAUGACUCUUUAACCUGUCUGUUUCAAUUUUUUUUCAAUGGUAUGUACAUUUUAAAAGAAAACACAAAUGACAAGUGGGGGGAAAUGCUGUACCAAAGCUCAAGGGAGGAUAAAAGGUGCAGUUGGAGAUCCUGUGCCCGGUGCUUGUAAUAAAGGGUUUGGCGGCGACGAACCCAGCAGCGUAUUACUGGAGCAAAAGAGGAGACAUAUUGUCCUAGUGGUGAAAGAGGAGCCUUCAAAGGGAUACGCAUGGAUUUGAGCGUAAUAUCCUGAUGCACUGAAUAAAUAUUAGAUUUGCUCAGUGUUUAAGGACUUUAACCAGCUGAAAAGACGCAGUUAUGUUGAUUCUUGGAGCCGUGGACAGGAGAGGACACAAGGUAACCGCCUAAGAACUGCGAACGCAAUAAUGGGAGAACGUAUCGUAGACUCUGAAGAUCAUGCGGUUGCCUGCUUGUCUCUGCGUGCCGUUAACAUCGUGUGGUCUUUUUACCCUCUUAAAGUGGACGCCUGUGUUAAGAGCUCUGAAAAUCAUAAAACUCAACUAAAGGGAAAAAAAUGUCUGUUGGUUUCAAAAAUAUUUGCUAGAAAA